AUGACGUUGGUAUCAAUGAGGCCCCAUAGGGUGGCUCUUCAAACGCCGAAGGAGCGACAGCAACAGAAUGCGGCGAGGCAGGGCAACCUGGAUUCUCAACAGGGCCAUCAAAGGUUACCACACCGAAGUAAUGAGGCGGAAACCGACGCCGGCGCCGAGGGACAGGCUCCGAAACCCCGCAUUGGAGGAUCGACCAACCGAGCCAACGCCGAUGCCAGACCCCGAUCCGCCAACGGAAAAGCUCCGAGUCCGUUACCUGAAAACGAGCCCGCAAAGCGAAGUCGACAGGAUGGUCCUCAUUCAUCUUUCAGAGGAAUGGAGGUUGCCGGAGGCCAGGUUGCCGCUAAGCUGGUCCUCGACGAAGCUCUUAGCCGACAUACAGCGUUUGGACAGCCCCUCAUGCCUGGGAUGGACUUCAACAGGGAGUCGGUUGAGUUAUACUCUCAACAGCUCGUCGAACAUGUUGUGUCCAACUUCGAUAACCAGCAGCAUCUAGAUAACGAAGAGAGGGCGUUUACCUGGGGUUCAAUCCAAUCCCUCAUGGAUCUCGCUUUGCGUGAAGCCCGGGUCCAAGGGACCAUGUUGACACUUCUUUUGCAGCGUGGACCAUUGAACGCUCCACACAAUGUCCAUGAAAUCGGCAAGAUCUCAACUCAGAUGCACAAGACGCAUUCACAGGCCAUGAAGAAAUUUAAAGCUUGGCAGUACGACCUUCCAUUUCCUAUUUCCGGACCAAGCGCCCAGUCUUCUGGAGCUACUAUGUCGCAAUCGUCCACAGUUGCAGAAUCUCAGAUGCGAGCAGCGACUCUGAUGUCAUCUCCCGCCUCUUCUGCGUCGGUCAAUAACCCCAUUGGAUCGGGCUCACAACCGUCAGCAGUUGCACCACCUCAGGCCCAGGCUAUGCCUCGGAUGUCAUCUCGUGGCUCUUCAGUUGGACUACAGACCCUCACCGAGUUAGGCGCCGCAUUGCCCACUCUUCAGGAUGUCAACAACACAGCCUCCACCCGUCGGCAACAAGGCAAGGUUCAGAGCCCAGCGAGGCGAUCAGCAACAUAUGCUCAGAUGCAGGCAUUUGUUCAGAACGGAGCACAGACCCAGCGCGGCCAGAUGCAACCUGUCGAAUCUAGAAUGACAGUUAGGCAGGCGAUGCCUCAAGGAAACAGCCUGAUACAAGCUCCAAAUGAACCUCGUCUGGACAUGGCCAGACACGGGGAUACACCCAGCGUUAUGAAUACGGUCAGGUUCAAGGCUCUUGCCACGCUCAGAUUUAUGGUCAAGCUCAGCCUCAGAGUUAUGUUCAAGCUCAGCUUUGGAGACACGCUCAGUCUCAGCCGGAGGGUUACGGCCAUACUCAACUUCGGGUAUACGGACAGCCUCAAGCUCAAGGCUAGAGCCAUACUCAAACUCAACGCUACGGCCACAAUCAAACUCGAGGCUACGGCCAUAGUCAACCUCAGUGAUACGGUCAGAGUCAAGCUCAAGGCUGCGGUCAAACUCAAGCUUCACUUCCCGGAGGAAGGCCGGUCUAGGGAGCCGUUUAAAACCAUCCGACUAAACUUUCCGGGAUGGAAACUUCAAGCCACUCGAAGGAUUUAA